GAUAAUUCAAUAAUCGAAACUGUAGACGAGGAAAUGGAUAUCGAAGCGGAAAUAAACGAAUCAAGCGAAUUUCGAAGUUCUAUUCAUGAAGCAAUAUCGCAAAUAGAUUUAUGUUUGCAGGAACAUAAAGUCAAACAUAAUGGUGGGCAUGAUCCAAAUGGCUCUUUGAGUUCAAGUUCUAUGGUUAACAGUUCAUAUUCUGAUGGCAAGAAAAAUGUUCGCCUACCAAAGCUGAAUUUAAAACAUUUUAAAGGAGAUCCAAUCAAAUUUCAAGCAUUCUGGGACUCAUUUGAAACCACAAUUCAUAAUAAUGAGGAUGUAUCGGAUGUGAGUAAAAUGAGUUAUUUGGUUAGUUUACUGGAGGGACCAGCUUAUCGGUAGACUUGGAUCAAGUCCGUCGCUCUAGAGUCCGAGUCGCGAAGCGACGAGAUCGAGCGCGCCGCGAAGCGGCGCGCGGCUUUCCCGCGUUAUUGCACCUCGCGCUCUCCCUCGGACUCUAGAGAGACGGACUUGAUCCAAGUCUACUUAUUCGGCUGUAGCUGGCCUUUCGCUUACAAGUGCAAAUUAUAAAACUGCAGUAGAUACAUUGAAAGAACGAUUCGGUUGUGAAGAAGUAGUUAUAUCGGCCCACAUGGAUGCCCUACUUAAAUUGCCAGGAGCUAAUACAAAUUCAGAUACAAAGAAAUUAAGAGGAAUAUAUGAUGAAGUAGAGCAACAUGUACGUGGUUUGAAAGCAGUCGGAAUUAGCAGUGAGCAGUAUGGAAAAUUACUUGUUCCUAUUUUGAUGAAUAAAAUCCCUCAAGAAUUGCAACUGAUAAUAACAAGGAAAUUGGAAAGGAAAAAUGGGAUUUAGAUGCAUUACAGAAUCUUUCAAGGAGGAACUGGAAGCUAGAGAGAUGUGCAAGGAAUGAUGAUAAAGGAAAGGUGGGGGUGGUCGGAAUGGAAUGAUGAUAAAGGAAAGGUGGGGGUGGUCGAAGGUAUGCAACUACGGCAGAGGCAUUACUAGCUCAAGGUCAGUAUGAGAGAAAAGGGGGUGGCAUAACAUGUACGUACUGUCGUGGUAGUCAUCCUAGUGCUCAAUGCCAUGUGAUAACUGACGUGCAGGCCAGAAGAGAAGUUCACAAGAGCAAAGGUAAAUGUUACAAUUAUUUAAGGGCAGGACACAUCAGUUAUCAAUGCCAGUCAAUCACAAAAUGUUAUGUUUGUGGAUACAGGCAUCAUAUCAGUAUAUGUCCAAGGAGGGCCCAUCCAUCAAAUUUCCCAAAGAAGAAUGAUUCUUCACAGUCUCCACCAGGUCUCCCAGAUUCACCCAAAUCCAAUCCUACAGCAACUGUAUUCUCAGAUACAGAAGAUGGAAUUUUAUUGCAAACUGCCACAGCUCCUGUGUGUAAUCCUAGACGUCCUGAAAAGAUCGUGAGUGCACGAAUUCUAUUUGACAGUGGGUCUCAAAAAACUUAUAUUUCAAAGAGGUUAAAAGAUGCCCUCGGUUUGUCCCCAUUAAAAUCGGACAGACUUAUUAUUAAAACAUUCGGUACGGCGGGAGAAAUGGUGAAAACCUGUGAAGAAGUUCAAGUUAGUGUACAGGGAAAUCGAGAUUUGAAUCUUUAUCUGACAACCCAUUGUGUGCCAAUUAUAUGUGCCCCUUUGCAAAUUAAAUAAUUGAAGUAGCAGUGCGAUAAUUUCCUCAUCUAGAAGGUUUAGAGUUAGCUGAUUCUGUCCAUGAUAAAUCAGAAUUAAAAGUUGAUCUGUUAGUUGGGUCAGAUUUCUAUUGGCAGUUUAUGACUGGAAGAGUCCAAAAGGGGAGGCUGGGCCCACUGCAAUUGGAUUUUAUCUGUGGAUAUUUUAAAGUGGAUUUUAUCUGGUCCAUCAAUCUCUACGAAUGCUCGCUCUGUAUCAGCAAAUCUUACACAGACACAUGUCUUAAGAAUCGCAGAAGCACCAGGGGCGCCGGAAGCAAUGUGAAGCGACGGGGGCAGCCAUUUCAAAAGGGCACUUCAUUUUUCUGGGCAGCAAUAUUUCAUGUUAAACUAUACUGCAUUGAUACUCGAUUACUUGUGGCUAUUAUGGGUCGGCAAACUUCGACAUUAAUUUUAAACAAUUUUAUUCGUUGCACCAUGCUAAAGGCGCAAAAUAAAAUCAGUAAACGAACGUAUAUUGCUUGAUUUAGCAUUAAUUUUACUACAACUGAUUAAAAAUUAAGCAAAGAUUGCUUACUGAAAUGCUGUACAGUCCGAUCUGCGUAUGUGCACAAAGAAUCGAGCCCUCUUUUUAUUAUACAAACAGUUUAAUUACGUUUUUAUUUCAUUUUAUGUUCCUGCAAAGCUUGAUUGUUGUGUCUUGAUAAUUUAUCAUACUCUAGAAUCAUGAAAAUAUAAAUAGUUUUCGAAUAAAAUUCUAUAUUUUGGAUACCGAAAUGUGAACAAAGCCUUUGUUGACUGUACCGCAUCUUUAAACAUUGCUUAAAAAAUAGUUCUAAAUUCCAAUUUCUGUGAAUAAUGCAUAAAUUUCCUCGCAAAUUUCGAGGCGCAGUUCUGGCAAAAAGGGCAACCUGUUGCCCCCGUGCUGCCCCCCGCUGCCCCCGUAGCUCCGGCGCCCCUGAGAAGCCCCUGAUCCUGUUGUUGAUCCUCUGCGAGAGGAUCUGUCAAAGUUCUGGUUGCUAGAGUCUAUGGGUAUACAACCGAACGAUGAACAUUCUGUACAUGAACAAUUUCUAGACAACAUAGAAACUGAUGGAGAGCGUUACCAAGUCAAGCUUCCUUUUAAGCAAACACACCCAAUAAUACCAGACAAUUAUCAGAACUCUUUGGUAAGGUUGGGUUCACUUGUUAAACGGCUGCGGGGUGAACCUGAGCUCCUUAGAGAGUAUGAUAACAUUCUUAAAGAGCAAAGGAAAACCGGUGUGAUUGAAGAUGCCUCAGAAGGCCCCGUAUCAGUAGGCGAAGUUUACUAUAUUGUCCACCACUGUGUUGUCAGACAAGACAAGGACACCACAAAGGUACGUGGGUGUAUGAUGCAUCAGCAGAAUCAAAGGGGAUCUCAUUAAAUAAUUGUUUACAUUCUGGUCCCUGUCUUGUACCCACUCUAUUUGAUAUUAUGUUGAGAUUUCGCUGUCAUCUGUUUGCCUUGGUGGGAGACAUAGAAAAAGCAUUUCUUCAAAUUGAGAUUGCACCUGAGCACAGAGACUUUCUUCGGUUCCUGUGGAUAGAUGAUAUUAGUAACGAACAGCCAAAUAUUAUUGUCCAACGAAUGACAAGAGUUACACUCGGAGUUACUGCCUCACCAUUUCUGUUAGCAGCUACCUUGCAAUAUCAUAUUGCAAAGUACUACUCUAUUGAACCCAAAAUUGUAGACAACCUGCUUCGAUCGUUUUGUGUUGAUGACCUCGCCUCGGGUGAAGAUUCUUAUCAGAAAACAUAUGAACUGUACGAAAGGGCAAAAUCUAUUCUACAAGAAGGGGAUUUAGAGACAAGAGUAACACCGUUGAAACAACAACGCUUACCGAGAUUGGAGCAUUAAGUCUUGCAAGACUUGUAUCAGCUGUUCGGAAAGCCAAUGAGCCUGUCAUCCCUAUCAGUGCGAUCUACUAUUGGACUGAUUCAAUUACCACAUUGUAUUGGAUACAGGGAACUAGCAAAGAGUUUAAGCAAUUCGUGGAGAACAGAGUAGCGGAAAUCAGAGAAUUGAGUGACGUAGAGGGCUGGCGACAUGUACCUGGGAAAUCCAAUCCUGCAGAUCUACCAUCUCGAGGUGUUCGGUUGGAAGAUUUAGCUGAUAAUAGUUUAUGCUGGAAUGGUCCAACUUGGCUUCACGAAUCUGAAGAACAUUGGCCUCAAUUCAAGAAUGCAGAGCCUGACGAAGCAGCGGAGAAAGAAAUGAAGUUGAGCGAAAGAUCGUUAGCGAAGUCGGACGGUUCUACACACGUGUCAGUAACUCAAGUUCAGAACAGGCGUAUAAAUCUAGAACUAUUAAUCGAUCCAAAAAGAUACAGUUCUUCAUUGAAAUUAUAUAGGGUUACAGCUCUGGUAUUAAGAUUUGUGAAAAUACUCAAACACAAUUGCAAGGCGGCAGAUAGUCGACAGUGGAAUCGUGUCACAACUGACGAGAUAAAAGAAGCGGAAGUGCUAUGGUUCCAAACCGUUCAGAGAACCAUUAUCGAUGGUAGGAAAUUCUCACAAGUUCAAAGGUCUCUAGGACUUUACAGCAACGAUUCAAAGCUUCUACGUUGUAAAGGAAGAAUAUCUAAAACGGACAUACCGACAGAAACGAAGAAUCCGAUUAUUUUACCGAACUACCAUCACUUAACUUCGAUUAUAAGUCGUGAGUGUCAUGAACGAGUGCUUCAUAAUGGGGUGCAAGACACCUUAUGCUGUUUAAGAGAACGAUUCUGGAUUGUCAAAGGUAGACAAACAGUUAAACGUGUGAUUGGGAAGUGCGUAACUUAUCGUAAAUUCGGUUGCUAA